AUGACGUCCCAAUGCAGCGUGGCGCCGGAGGACAGGAGGCGCAGUCCUUUGGAUCAUCACCCGCCGCCAGCCGCCAGCUCCGGCAAGCCGCUGACUCCCUUCAGCAUCGAGGACAUCCUCAAGAAGCCGUCGGUCAGGAGGGGCUACUCCCUCUCCCACGGCCGCUCGUCGCCGCUGUGCGCACUGCAGGAGCUCGCCAGCAAAACGUUCAAGGGCCUGGAGGAAGGGGCGCUCCGGGCUGCUGAAGGCCGGGACAGUCUGAGCCUUUUCGGCCAGAGGAACGCCCCAAAGAAACGACGCAAAUCCCGCACGGCCUUUACAAACCGUCAGAUCUACGAAUUGGAGAAACGCUUUGUGUGUCAAAAAUACUUGAGCCCAGCAGACCGGGACCUGAUCUCCCAGCAGCUCGGCCUGACCAACGCUCAGGUCAUCACCUGGUUUCAGAACCGUCGGGCCAAGCUCAAGAGGGACCUGGAGGAGAUGAAAGCUGACGUGGAGUCGGCAAAGGCCGUUGGCGCAGUCGAGACGUGCGCGGCGGUAGGGGGGGUCACGGUGAAACCGGUCCCGGCUCAUCCAGGUCUCGGCAUGGAGCCGCUGAGAGCCCGGAGUCGGGAAGGGCCGCAUUGCGCUCCCACCGAUUGGGGAAGCGGAUGCUCGGAGGAUGGAGACGCCGAGAUCGACGUGGACGACAAAAACAUUCGAGGAGUUAAAUAG